AUGGUCAAUGGGAGUCCUAUGGAAAAUUUUAUGAUGCAGAAAAGUCUUCGUCAAGGGGACCUAUUGUCUCCAUUUCUCUUUGUUCUAGUUCCCAAAGGCCUCGCUAGUUUGGUUGGAAAUGCUUUGGAGAAGGGGGUAUACAUAGGGUUUAAGUUUAAUGACGAGUUACAAUUGCAUUUGUUACAAUUCGAAGACGAUAUCGUUCUUCUAGGAGAAGGCUCUUCUAACAAUCUGCAGUUUAUUAAGGCUCUGUUAAGAGGUUUCGAGUUGAUAUCCGAUUUAUUUAUCAAUCUUUCUAAAGGUAGCCUGUUAGAGAUUAAUUUGGAUGAUUCAUUUUUACAAAAAGCUGCAUCGUUCUUGAAUUGUCGCAAGAGUGAAUUACCUUUCGAUUUCUUAGGCAUUCAGAUCGGUUCUAACCAUAGAGCUUUCAAUGUGUGGAAUCUGAUAAUUAGAAACAUGGAUAACAGAUUGGCUUCUUGGAAGAGAAAAUUCCUAUCUAUCGGCGGUAGGAUUACUUUGAUUAAUUCAGUUCUGAAUUCGAUACUGAUUUAUUUCCUUCUUCAGAAUUCCGAAAAAAAUUCUUAG